UUCUGGAGUCAAUGUUGCCGAACGUUAUGCUGAGAAAUUUACUCAUAAUGGCGUCCAAUAUCGUGUAUUGUUUCAAAAUCGGGUUAACCCAGCGACCUUAUCAAUUCUUUCUACCGCAGAAACUGGUUGCGGCGAGUAUUGGAUCUCUCCAAAAGGAUCCG